GAGGCCUGGCUGGAGAUGAACCCGGGGUACGAGGUGGCCCCGCGCUCCGACAGCGAGGAGAGCGGAUCCGAGGAGGAGGAGGAGGAGGAGGAGGAGGAGCAGCCCCAGCCGGCGCAGCCGACGCUUCCCGUGGAGGAGAAGAAGAAGAUUCCGGAUCCCGACAGCGACGACGUGUCGGAAGUGGACGCCCGGCACAUCAUCGAGAAUGCAAAGCAGGACAUGGAUGACGAGUACGGGGUGUCUGACCCUCCCUGACCAUCCCUGACCCCCGUAUCCCGAU